GGAACCUUUGCAUUCUGGGAACCCCAGCGAGCCCAGCAUGGACCGCUCGUCGCAGCCCUCGCCUGCCGAGGAGGGCGGGCACCACCGCCUCCUCAGCCCACGAACAGUCACCUCCGAGGACGAGGGGCACGUGUGCCCGCGGGAGGGCCAGCGUUGGCUGGGCCGUCUGCUUCCCGUGCUGAUCGGGGCCGCGGUGCUUGCGCUUCUUGCCGUGUACACCCCCCGUCAGUUCCAGACCGAGCUGCGGGAGUCCCUCGUCGUCGCCACGCAGCACGCGCUGGACGGGGGCCCGACCGCUGCGGCAGAGGCCGCGGACGCAGCGCAACACGCGCUCGCGGAGGCCCCCCACGCCGCCGCCGAGGCUGCGAAGGCCGCGGGACACGCGCUCGAGGAAGGCCCCCACACUGUGGCCGAGGCCGCGGCCGCCGCGCAGCAGGCGCUCGUGGAGGCACCCCACGCCGCCGCCGAGGUCGCGGGCGCCGCGCAGCAUGCCCUUGCGGAGGGCUCCCGUGCUGUGGCCGAUGCAGCCGACGCCUCGCAGCACGCCCUCGCGGAGCACCCCCGCAGCACGGCGCCGGAGAGCACUCGCCGAAGCCCGCGGCCGACGCCGCCGGCGCGGCGCACGCGGGCGGCGGUGGGCCGCAUGCGCGCCCGGGCGCCCUAG